AUGUAUGAAACCAACGAACCCUCGAAAUAUGCAACCAACGAACCCUCGACGUACGCAACCAACGAACCCUCGACGUAUGCAACCAACAAACCCUCGACGUAUGGAACCAACGAACCCUCGACAUAUAGAACCAACGGACCCUCGACGUAUGCAACCAACGAACCCUCGACGUAUGCAACCAACAAACCCUCUACGUAUGCAACCAAUGAAUCCUCGACGUAUGGAACCAACGAACCCUCAACGUAUGGAACCAACGAACCCUCGACGUAUGCAAUCAACGAACCCUCGACAUAUGCAACCAACGAACCCUCGACGUAUGCAACCAAUGAACCCUCGACGUAUGGAACCAACAACCCCCCGACAUAUGGAACCAACGACGAACCCUCGACGUAUAGAACCAACGAACCCUCGAUGUAUAGAACCAACGAACCCUCGACGUAUGCAACCAAUGAACCCUCGACGUAUGCAACCAACGAACCUUCGAUGUAUGGAACCAACGACGAACCCUCGACGUAUAGAACCAACGAACCCUCGACGUAUAGAACCAACGAACCCUCGACGUAUGCAACCAACGAACCCUCGACGUAUGCAACCAAUGAACCCUCGACGUAUGGAACCAACGAACCCUCGACGUAUGCAAUCAACGAACCCUCGACGUAUGCAACCAACAAACCCUCUACAUGUGCAACCAACGAACCCUCGACGUAUGGAACCAACGAACCCUCGACGUAUGGAACCAACGAAAGCUCGAUGUAUGCAAUCAACGAACCCUCGACGUAUACAACCAACGAACCCUGGACGUAUGGAACCAACGAACACUUCGUCGAUGAGGUUCUAUCCUAG